AUGGCCACAUCUUCUUCCUCCUCCCGCCACCGUCGACCUCGCCUCGCUGAGCAAGGGCAGCCUCCAGCGGCGCAGGUGCCACGUAUGGAAGGCAAGUGCGAGGAGGAUGAGGAGGAGGAAUCGAGGGAUUGGGCGGAGCUGCCAAGGGACGCGCUGCUGUCCGUGCUCCGCAGGCUGGACCAGGCCGACGUCCUCAUGGGGGCCGAGCACGUGUGCCGCCCAUGGCGCCGCCCUGCCCAGGAGGAGCCCGACCAAUGGCGCGGCGUCGACCUGCGCGGCCGCGUCGCGCUCGCCUCACCGGCCGGCGCCCUCAAGGCCAUGGCCUACGCGGCUGCAAGGCGCGGCGCCGGACGGUGCGAGGCCUUCUGGGUCAAGGGCGUCCGCGACGACUCCUUCGUCUUCUUCCUCAGCUGCAAGGAUCUCGAGCUGUCACUCUACUCCGGCGCCGCCACCAACCAUGGCCUCAUCAACCUCGCCGAGACCUGCGCGGUCGCCGCCGAGGCCUGCCCGCUCCUGAACCGCCUCCGGCUGAGCAGGUACCGCUUCGACUGGCGGUCCGGCGGCGUCGGGGACGGCGAAGCCGUGGGGAUCGCCGGGAUGCGCGGCCUCCGGUCGCUGCAGAUCUUCGGCAACAGCCUCAGCAACGCCGGCCUCGCGGCCAUCCUCGGCGGCUGCGCCGGCCUCGAGUCCCUCGACAUAUAUCCGCCACUGCUUCAACGUCGAGAUGGACGAUGA